GGAAAAGGUUGGGUUCACGCCACGCCUCUGCGUGAAGAAUGUCAUAGUCAGAUUGAGACAAGUUCCGAACGUCGCGAGCGCUUUCGAUUUUUAGCGUUAUUAUUAUUAUUGUUUGUUUGUUUGUUUACAGCCGGACUACAUGCGGAAAUGGCGUACCAGUACAGACCUCCUCAAUAUACCAGCACGCCGCCUGACCAAGCUUUCCUGUGGAAUAUAUUUCAGAGGGUGGACAAGGACAGGAGUGGAUCGAUCUCCGAUACGGAGCUUCAGCAAGCUCUGUCAAAUGGCACAUGGACACCGUUCAAUCCUGUGACUGUCAGAUCGAUUAUAGCCAUGUUUGACCGCGAUAACAAAGGUGGAGUGAACUUUAACGAGUUUGCUGGUGUAUGGAAGUACAUCACCGACUGGCAGAACAUCUUCCGCACUUACGACCGUGACAACUCAGGGUUCAUCGACAAGAAUGAGUUGAAACAGGCUCUCACCAGCUUCGGGUAUCGUCUCUCAGACCAGUUCUAUAACACACUGAUCGAGAAGUUUGACCGGCAGAGGAAAGGGCAGGUAGCUUUCGACGACUUCAUACAGUGCUGCAUUGUACUACAGAGGUUAACUGACGUCUUCAGGCGAUACGACACGGACCAGGACGGCUGGAUCCAGGUUUCCUACGAGCAGUAUCUCUCGAUGGUCUUCAACAUCGUAUAGCACAGCACAACCACACACACCAGUGCCAAACAACAAAUGUCUCUCUUUCUACUGGUCUUCUGCCAGUGACACCAUACACACCUCACUGAAGUAUUAUGGGACAGGAGAUUUGCGCUUCAGUGAAUGGAUCUUUGUGUCUGUCUGUCUGUUUUCAUCUUUCUUUACGUUGUUAAACUUAAUACAUCUAAAAAAAAAUUUAAAAAAAGACGGUAAUACUAAGCCCCCUUUUUUCAUAUUAAAGAACUUUGCGUUGUAAAUCGCAUUGUAUUGUAAACGUCAUAGUAACAUUCAGAUGCAUGCCUUCUGAUGUAAAACAUGUCGUUACUGUGAAAGCAUGAUCGAACUCGUUCUGUUGUUUCCUAUUAGAAGCCAUGACCAUUUUGAAAGGUGCAUUUGAACAUGCAGAAGAAUUUGAUUUGAGAUAGCAGGAACAGGCACUUUUGUACUGUUGUGUGCAUGAAGCUUUGCAACUGCAAAAACCUCAAUGUUUUAUUAAAAAAAAAAAAAAAGAACCAUUCAAUAAUGUCUUAUUAGCUUUUGUUUGUUUUUUGUAUUUCUUUCUGUGGGCUCGACUUCCUUUUAAAAUUUCUGAAAGAACACGGUGCGAGACAUUCCUGCUACAGGCACAUAUAUAUGAUUCGCUGCAUUUCACCAAAGGAAAAAAAAACAAAACAAACAAAAUUCUGUGUAUUGAGUGGCCAAUCAGCGGCAGAUAUGUAUGUGGAAAUUUUGUCUCUUUGCUAAAUAAAUAUUUGUAAUGGCUAAUUUCUUAAAGCCUAA